GGAAUGACUAAUUUCAUUCGCUGCCCGGUCUGCCUGCGUUACGCAUGCGCAUUGAGGAAGUAGAACGCUGUAUUCGUUUACACGGCCUCGGUUUUUUGUUGGGAAAAGUGGAAAGGACAAAGGAGGAAUUAAAAGCCCGACGUUAAACGCUAGAGGCCUCGAUUUUCCCGUUCUAAGCGAUAGAACAAGGCGAACAAUCGAGUGCAAAAUGUCGGUCGAAGUGAGAGCGGGUCGACCAACAAUGCCAACAAUUCCACAAUCCAAGAGACCAACGGUUUUAGUUUAUCCGACAGUCACUCCGGAGAGUAUUAUCAUCCCAAUAGUAUCGUGCAUACUUGGAUUCCCAUUGCUCGCGCUAAUGGUCAUUUGUUGCUUAAGAAGAAGAGCAAAGCUCGCGAGGGAACGGGCUCGAAGAAGAAAUUGCGAUAUAGAUCAUGGCGCCCUUAGUCUCGUUCGUUUUAGCCCAGUUCAUCGUUUAGCAUCUAAAGAGGAUUUAGCUGGAAUUGAUCGACCAACGAGAGCGGUAUCGUUCCGAAGCGAUCGAGGAUCUAAGGCCCUGCCAUCGCUGGAACUGGACACGGUGGUCGAAGAACGAUCCGAUCCUGAACAGAGCACAGCAUUGGAACUCAGUAGUCCAGAUUAGCAUCCAGUUUUGGUACCACCUAGGUCUCCUCGACCAUCAAAAUCAGUGGUACCAUUACCCGUAGAUCAUAG